UAUACUAAAGACAAACAAAACUUGGACCAACAAGACUCAGCAAGAAAUGGCACCGAGCACCAAGGUAGGCUUGCUUUUUCUGUUGCUUAUAGCGAGCCAGGGAUUGAUUGAGGCCGAAGGGGAAUGUGGGAGUACCCCAAUUGGGUCUGCGGCGGCCAGCUUGAGCCCGUGCCUGGGUGCAGCUGGGAACGCGAGGGCAAAUGUUCCACCGGCUUGCUGUGCCAAAGUGGGUGCGUUGCUGAGGACAGCACCGAGAUGUCUAUGUGCGGUUCUCUUGUCGCCAUUGGCAAAGCAGGCCGGAAUCAAUCCCGGGAUAGCCAUUACAAUACCAAAAAGAUGCAAUAUUAAAAACAGACAAGCCGGGAAAAAAUGUGGAAGAUACACGGUCCCAUAAAAAUAAAAAUUGAAUAAAAAAGAGUGCAACAGCUAAUAUGACGAAA